AUGAGUGCCUUGCUGGAGACCUCCUUGGGCGAUAUCGUCAUUGACCUCUUGGUUGACGAGUCGCCCAAGGCCUGUGAGAACUUCCUCAAGCUGUGCAAAAUCAAGUAUUACAAUUAUUCUCCCGUCCACAGUGUCCAGAAGAACUUCUCCUUCCAGACCGGAGACCCGCUUGGCCCUGACGCCCCCGAGAGCGAUGGCGGAUCUUCGAUCUGGGGCUUGCUGGAUGGCCCCUCUAAGCGCACCUUUCCAAUCGACCUGCCGAAACUCAAGCAUACCGAGCGCGGAAUGGUGAGCAUGGCAACCGUUCCAGCCACCAACGAUCCCGACCAACGCCUCGCCGCCAGCCAGUUCUUAAUUACCUUGGGUGACAAUCUGGACUACCUGGAUGGGAAGGCGGCUAUUUUUGGCAGAGUGGUUGAGGGAUUUGAUGUGUUGGAAAAAAUAAACGAUUCGUUUAUCGAUGAUCGAGGUCGACCCUUGAAAGAUAUUCGCAUCCGCCACACCGUCGUUCUAGAUGAUCCCUUUGAUGAUCCCCCAGCGCUGGUCGAACCGCCUGAGAGUCCGUUGCCAUCCAAAGCACAGUUGGCGACGGUGCGAAUUGCAGACGAUGAGGAAUUGGAUGAUGAGAUGGAUGAGGAUGCCAUGGAGAAGUUGCGCCGGGAGCGCGACGCUCGGGCUCAGGCCUUGACCUUGGAGAUGGUGGGAGAUCUGCCGUUCGCCGACGUCAAGCCCCCGGAGAAUAUUCUCUUUGUGUGUAAAUUGAAUCCGGUGACUCAAGAUGAGGAUCUACAAUUGAUCUUUAGUCGAUUUGGUGUCAUUCUAUCCUGUGAGGUAAUACGGGACAAGCGUACUGGAGAUAGUCUGCAGUACGCUUUUAUUGAGUUCGACAACCAGAAAGACUGCGAACAAGCCUACUUUAAGAUGCAGGGUGUACUCAUUGAUGAUCAUCGAAUCCACGUUGAUUUCUCUCAAAGUGUUUCCAAAUUGUCCGAGAGUUGGCGCAACGCCACCGUCACCAAGCGCAGGCAGCGAGGUGGAUUUGGUGGUGUCGCUGAUCUUGAAAAGAAACGCCAGUACCGAGAGUCUGACGACACUCGAGCGGACGAGCCUGAUGAUAGCUACAAUAUGGUCUUUGAUAAAAACAAGCGCCGAGAUCAAUCAUCUGGGCCGCCUGCCGCUCGUGAGGAGCGCCAUCGCAGCCCUCCAAGAGAUUCAUACCGAGAUCGACGAGAUCAAGUUCGACCUCGUCGCCGUUCUCCAAGUCGAAGUCCUGGGCCAAGAGACCGCCGAGACCGCGAUCGCUACCGUGACCAUCGCCGGCGAGAUGAUCGGUAUGAUCGUCGACGAAUGUAA